AUGGAUGCACAAAAAGAGGAUGGCGAUGUUCAAGCGUCCAGAACCGGGAGUCCGGUCAAUGCAGAUUCAUUGCACACCAGAAGCGACGCGCAAAACGGCAAAGUGAACGACAGCAUCGCCACAGAAGGUACCGCGCCUUCAAAAGCUACCAGCAAGGCCUCGUCUACUAGGCAUUCAACGCCCGCAGUGUCUGCUCCGGAAAACCAUCCUGCGCCACAAGGUUCUACUGAUGCAACUAUUGCCACAAACGUGGAUCAGCAACAUCAGGAGUCCAAGAACAAUGACUCUGAUUCAGCGCAGCCUUCAAGAAAAGAUUCAGAGGAGGCUGCCGCUGUGCCGUAUGGAACGCGAUCGCGUAACCGACCGGGCAGGUCACGCAUCAAUUACGCGGAAGACACGGAAAUGGAUUUCGAGAUGGCAGUCCCUGCAUUGACGAAUGGGAACAUGUCCGAUCCGCCAUCGCGAGAUUUUGUGGCUGCCGAGAGUGGUCAACCUCAAGUUGUGAGUGGGAAGAAGGGUGCAGGUGCUGGACCAGGUAGUGCGCCGUGGGGCAACAAUUCCGGACCCAAUACCAAAGACAGCCAAGCAAACCUCAGUAUUUCCGGCUCGUCGGCAACCACACCAGCAGCGCAGACCAGCACUGCGCAACCUUCGACAAAACGACGAAAGAAUGCUACCAAAGAUGCCACAAGUGGCAUUCAAGCAGGUGCAACCGCGCCAAGCCAGACCACUAAGCGCGGUGCUCAAGCCCAAGUCCAGGCCCCGGCUGCGCCCCCCUACACGCGCGAGUCCAACAUGAUGACAUUCGAAUUUGGUGGUGCCAUGCUCAAAGAUGGCCGCUUGCAAGCCGAUGAUGGACAGACUGUGUCUGUUAAUGACCAAGUGUAUCUCGUGUGUGAGCCGCCCGGGGAGCCAUACUACCUGUGUCGUGUCAUGGAAUUCAUCCACAAAGACAACGACCCCAAACUGCGCGUGGACUCGCUCAGAGUAAAUUGGUUUUACCGGCCACGGGAUGUCGGUCGCUACAACAAUGACACUCGACUUGUGUACGCGACAAUGCACUCCGACUUGUGCCCGAUUGCGUCGUUGCGCGGCAAGUGCAACAUAUUGCACAGGAGCGAAAUCGGUGACCUCGAUGAAUAUCGCAAAGGCAAGGACAGCUUUUGGUUCAACCAAGUCUUCGAUCGCUUUAUCCAUCGCUGGUACGAUGUCAUUCCUACCUCGCAGGUCAUCAAUGUUCCUGUGAAAGUGAAAAAGGCGUUGGAUGAGCGCUGGAAGUACAUCUGCUUGGAAACGAGCAGGGUCAAAGAGUUGACCAGUGCAGUUAAGUCUUGUAAGCGUUGUGUCGGCUACUGUGCAUCAAACGACUCAGUAGAAUGCGCGGUGUGCCACAACACAUAUCACAUGAACUGUGUCCGUCCACCGUUGCUGAAAAAGCCAUCACGUGGCUUUGCUUGGGCUUGUGGGCCGUGCAGUAGGGCACAGGAGAAGAAGCUCGAAGCUAGACGAACUCCACUUAUUGGCGCCACCAACGAGGAUGGCGAAGACGAAGAGAUCCUGGACGAGGAAGAGGAGGAAAUCGGUAGCGAUAGUGCAGACACUCCUGACCCAGAGAGUCAAGUCGACCUGCAUCCAGCUACCCAGGCUGAGAUUGCUCUUGCGAAGAUGUGGCCUAUGCGUUACCUUGGCAUUCACUGUCGUGUAGAGGACGCUCUGCAAUACGACGACAGGGCGAUCUAUCCCCGCGCGAGUUCCCGACUGGGUCCCCGGCAUCAGGCGAACGUGAACGUGUGGCACGGCCAGCCGGUAGAGUUCGUCAAACCCGCUGAGAUCAAGAAGCGUUAUGUCAAAUCAACAAACAACAAGAAAGAAGGUAAACUUACCAAGGAGACUGUCGCAGCCAUUGAAGCCGACAAGGCGGAGAAGGCCAAACGCCCUAAGUGGGUUAUGGAUGAGCCCGUGGGUUAUGUGCGCCGCGGCGAAGACCUGCCGAACAAGGACUCGAAACAUACUGCGGAACUGAUCUUCAGGAUGCCUUCCCUCGGCAUACCCUCGACACGUGGAGAAGACGAUGUGCCAACUGUCACCGAGGAACAAGUCAAGGCCUACAUGGAGCGCGCGAAGGCUUUGGCAAAGCAUGUUGGAGUAGAGUCAUACAACACCAACUUCCUUACCAAGGCGUUGGCGCUGUUCACAAAGCAUCAGUAUGAUGCUGACGCCGCUUUGAAACAGGUCCGGAAGCUUGACAAGCGCAAGGAUUUGAAGGAGCCCGAGCUCACAAAAGAGGAAGAGAAGAAGUGGAACGAAGGCGUAGCCAAGUUUGGGUCCGAGAUCAGAAGCGUUCGUCUGCACACCAGUAAGACCAUGUUCUACGGAGACGCCGUUCGUUACUACUACAUGUGGAAAAAGACAUCCAAGGGCAAGGAAAUUUGGGGCUCCUACAGCAACCGAAAAGGCAAGAGCAAGAAGGUUGAGCCCGACGCACAGAGUCGAUUGCUGGACGAUAUCGCCGACCAACAAGACGACUCAGCAUUCGACAACGAGAAAGCUGUGCAGCGCAAGCGCAACUUUCAAUGCAAAUUCUGUAGCAAUCGCCACUCUCGCCAGUGGAGACGCGCUCCCGGCGUAUCGCCAGGUCAAAUGAUUCCUGCGGAUGGCCGCUCGAAGGACAAGUCAGGCUUUGUUGUGGCGCUUUGUCUGCGCUGCGCGAACCUGUGGCGCAAGUAUGCCGUAAAGUGGGAGAACGUUGAGGAGAUUGCAAAGAAGGUGGCUCAGGGUGGUGGCAAAGCAUGGAAGAGAAGGAUUGAUGAGGAGCUUCUACGAGAAGUCUAUGCUGCGCAAGCCGACCCCAGCCCUGCGAUCAGUGCACCAGAGUACCUCGAUCUUCCUACAGCGGCAGCUCAAGUUGUUGGUGAGCCUGCGAAGAAGAAGCAGAAGACCAGUACCACUGGGACUGGCGACAGUGGAAUCUCGACCCCGAACAACGAGCUUGCCACCAUGAAGAAGAAGGAGAAGGAGAAGACCGCACCGCCUCCCAAGGCUCCAACGCCUCCACCCGUUCCAGCACAACCGCGACUGAGAGAAUUGCCUUGCGCCGUCUGUCGUUCAGCGAAUGGCGCACGCUUGGAAUGCACCGCUUGUCGUAUGAAUGUACACAAAGCCUGUUACGGCAUCGAGGAUGUUCGACCGGCAAACAAGUGGUUUUGUGACACAUGCAGGAACGAUAAAAAGGAGAGUGUAUCUUACACAUAUGAGUGCGUGUUGUGUCCUUACAAAGUGACUGAACAGGACCUCUGGGAGCAGCCCAAGGUCACACACAAGAAGAAGAGCGACAGGGACAGAGAGAAGGAGCGCAUGGAGAGAGAACUCAUCGAUGCCGCCAAGGAUGAGUACCGCACUCAACAACAGGACAAGGGCCGACCAGUCUUUCCUCGCGAGCCGCUGAAGCGUACCGCAGACAACAACUGGGUGCAUGUGUACUGCGCGCUCUGGCAUCCGGAAGUAAAGUUCAGCAACGCAAGCCGCCUCGAUAUGGUGGAGGGAGUCGGCGCAAGCACUCUCCGCUACGAUCAAACCUGCAAGCUUUGCAAGACCAACAGUGGCGCUUGUGUAUCAUGUUUGCAAUGUCAUGCGAGCUUCCACGUAGGUUGUGCGCACGAUCGCGGCUAUACCUUCGGGUUCGACAUCACGCCCGUGAAGGCCACGCGAAGAGACGCAGUCCCUACAGUAACGCUCAACGGGGACACCGGAACCAUGGUAGCGGCCAUCUGGUGCAAAGAGCAUACCCCCAAGACGCCUGUUCAUCCCGUCACUGAAGAAGUAGAAGGCUCUGACAUUAUUGCUUUGCAGCUGUUUGCGCGCGAGUUCAAGCAGGCAGAUCUGACGCUUACUGGCACAGCACGCAAAGCCAAUCUUGUGGACCAGUCAACGCGGACAAUUCUACAGCCGAUACCAACCACGGUCAACCGCCGUGCCUCUGCAGUCACAGCGCAGACGCCUACUUCAGCUCGGGGUCGCACUUCGAACGCUGGCUUGCCGAUCAAAGAGGAGCCCACAGAACCGUCAAUGCCUAAAUCGGAGCGCAGCUGUACUCGUUGCAAGAUCGAUUCCAGCCCUAGGUGGUGGAAGAUCGAAGAUCCUCCGUGUCGCGCUUCUGCAGCAGAUGGCCCACCGAAAACAAACGGUGUCGAGCCCAACGGACACACCGCCGAGCAAAAACCCAGCUCUGAGAAUGGACAUCCCACCAACGGAGCUGUUGAUCAUCCGAUGGGCGAAGCGCCACUCUUUCCAGCAUCAGCAGGCCCCGCUCGCCUGCACAUAGACACCGGCAUUGCGGCUACCUCGCCUGCGUACUUGUGUCAAAAGUGUCACUGGAAGAAGGAGCAAGGUAUCAGCGACGAGGAAGAUCGAGAGCGAUCGAAAUCUGUUCUUCCAGAGCCGCAACAAUUGCCUCUCCGCUCUCCUGUCCAGGCUUUCGUUUUACCUCCGCCUCCUGCACUUCCACCCUGGGGGGUUCCCGGCGGUCCACCUACCCUGCCACCGAAUCAACCGCCGCCUUUACCAGCAUGGCACAGUGCUGGACCAGCUGGACCAUCGGCAACAUCACAUGCCCCACUUCAUCUUCCAAAUGGCAUUUCAUAUCCUCCUCCGCCACACGCUUCGGUCAGCCACCACGCGCCAUUUCACACGCCGUAUGCUCCGUCCAACGGCUACCCUUCGCACACAGGCCCGCCGGUGCAUCCACAGAUGCCCGCAGCGCCUAUGCGUGCCCCGUAUGCGCCGCCAUCAACCGGUGCGCCUCCGCCGCUGCACCUUAACAAUGGCGCCAUGAUGGUAAACGGCCUUCACUCGCCGCACAACAUGCCGUAUUCACCGACACAUCCUCACGAGUAUCGCUCCUCUCGCUCCACUGAGAGCCCGUUUGGUGCCCCGCCACCCUCGAUCCCACAGUAUACUCUCCACCACGGCAGUCCCGCGCCAGGCCGACCAGAAACGCCACGGGACACUAUCAUGCGAGACGCUCCCUUGGUCACUUCUGCUCCGACAGAACGCGCCAACACGGGAGCCAGCGCCAGCCCUUCGCUACGUAAUCUUUUGCAUUAG